AUGGAGCUCCCGGGGCUGGGCGAGCACUGCUCGGAGCGCGCCUGCAAGCAGCUGGACUUCCUUCCUCUGAAAUGUGAUGCGUGUGGGGAAGUCUUCUGUAAAGAUCACAUCCGUUAUGAUGACCACAAGUGUAGCUCUGCCUACAAGAAAAAUGUGCAGGUUCCAGUGUGUCCACUCUGUAAUGUGCCUAUCCCAGUACAGAAGGGGGAAAUACCAGAUAUUGUGGUUGGAGCCCACAUGGAUCAGGACUGCAAAUACAAUCCAGCACAGCAGAAGCAGAGGAUCUUCACAAACAAGUGCUUAAAGCCAGGCUGCAAAAGGAAAGAGAUGAUGAAGGUAGUUUGUGAACAGUGCGGUGGCAACUUCUGCAUAAAACAUCGGCAUCCUCUGGAUCAUGACUGUAAAGGGAGCAGCCACCCCACCUCCAAGGCAGGAUAUGCAGCCCUGAUGAGAGCCUCUCAAACUGCCUUCAAGUCAACGGGAGCAAUUGGAGUGCCAUCUAAUGGGAGUCUUCAGCACAACAGGUAUAAGCUGCAGAAGGAGAAAAGACAAACAUUGUUUAAAAAUAGUCUUGUGUCAACACAGUGUAGGAGUGCCACUGUCAUACCUAACUGCUCUAGAGUUUGUAGUUGACCUUUAAUUGGUGUUGGGAAUGCUGCAGAGGGGUUCUGACAGCACAAGUAAAUCUUUACUUCUCCGUACUGUAGUGAUUAAAAUAGCUAUAUAGACACAAGCAUUAGGACAUCAAGUUGUUGUAACAGCAGGUUGGUCUCCCACCUGCUCAGUGUGAGUCUUGGCCAAGUUCUGGAAAAAUGGUGUGUCCUCAGAAUGCUGAGGAAAGCAUAGCAAGCAUCUAAAUUAACAUAAAUGGCCCAAGGCCUUCCCUGCUAUGUUGUAUCUACUUGUGACUGAAAGUUUUAGUUGUGUAACU